AUGAGACGUGGAAGUGAAAGCACCAUGCUGUUGUCUUCUUCGUUGCGAGGAGCGCAACAAGUGGUGCUGCUGUUUGCUGCGAUGAGCUUGUUGGGCCGUUGUGGCUCCAAUGGCGGAUUGUUAAUGGCGAACGCGAAGAUCACCGAGUACAGAUGGGACGUGUCGCACCAGUUCAAGUCGCCGGAUUGCUUCAGGAAGCUGGCCAUCACCAUCAACGGCGAAACGCCCGGCCCGACCAUCGACGCGCAGCAGGGCGACACCGUCGUCGUCGUCGUCAACAACAGCCUUCUGACGGAGAACGCGGCCAUCCAUUGGCACGGCAUCCGUCAGAUCGGCACGCCUUGGUCCGACGGCACCGAAGGCGUGACGCAAUGCCCCAUCAUGCCUGGCGACAGCUUCGUCUACAGAUUCGUCGUCGAUCGUCCGGGGACUUACCUCUACCACGCACACUACGGCAUGCAAAUGUCUGCCGGCCUGUACGGCGUCAUCCGCGUCACCGUGCCGGACGGCACAGUCGAACCCUUCGCCUACGACUUCGACCAUAGCCUCUUGCUCAAUGACUGGUGGCACCAGAGCACCUACGAGCAGGCGGCCGGCCUCUCCGCUGUUCCCUUCGUGUGGAUCGAGGAGCCUCAGUCUCUGUUGAUUAACGGAAGAGGCCAAUUCAACUGCGCCCUCGCUGGAGCCACCGAUGUCUGCCACACCAACGCCCCAGAGUGCUCCCCUUACGUCCUCUCCGUCGUCCCCGGCAAGACUUACCGCCUCCGCAUCGCCAGCCUCACCGCCCUCUCGGCCCUCAACUUUGAAGUCGAAGGCCACAACAUGACCGUGGUGGAGGCCGACGGCCACUACGUCAAACCCUUCGUCGUCAAGAACCUUAACAUCUACUCAGGCGAGACCUACUCGGUCCUCAUCACCGCCGACCAAGACCCCUCCCGCAACUACUGGCUCGCGGCCAACGUCAUCGCCCGCCAGCCCCGCACGCCGGCCGGCACCGGUAUCCUCAAUUACCUCCACGGCUCCCCCGACAAGAAGCCUCCCACCGCGACUCCCGCCGGCCCUAUGUGGAACGACACCGAGUACAGGUUAGCGCAGAGCACGGCCCUGCGCGCGCACCCUGACCACAUCCUCCCACCUCCGGCGACCGCCGACCGCAUGAUACUGCUCCUCAACACCCAGAACCUCAUCGACGGCCACACCCGGUGGGCGCUCAACAACGUCUCCUUCAACUUCCCCCACACCCCCUACCUCAUCGCCAUGAAGCAAAACCUCAGCGACGUGUUCGACGAAAGGCCCGCCCCCGAGACCUACGACUACAAGCACUACGACAUCUACAGCCCUUCCAGCAACCCCAACGCCACCGUCGGAACGUCCAUCUACCGGUUCGAGUUCAAUUCGACGGUGGAUGUGGUCCUCCAGAGCGCCAACAUAUUGAAGCCCAACAAGAGCGAGACCCACCCGUGGCACAUGCACGGGCACGACUUCUGGGUGCUCGCCCAUGGCAUGGGACGGUUCGACCCGGACGUUGACACGGCCCGGUUCAAUUUGGUUGACCCGAUCCUGAAGAACACAGUCGAUCUCCAGCCAUUCGGAUGGACCGCGAUCCGGUUCAAGGCGGAUAACCCGGGUGUUUGGGCAUUUCAUUGCCACGUCGAGUCUCAUUUUUACAUGGGCAUGGGAGUGGUGUUCGAGGAGGGGAUUGAUCGGGUGGGGGAGCUACCUGAAUCGAUUAUGGGUUGUGGAAAAUCUAAAUUGCCAAAAAGAUCUUGAUUCAAUUGGGGUUUAUUGAGAAGAAUAAGUUCAAUCUUAAUAGAUA